AUGGGUCAACGAUUAGCACCAGUACUGGCGAUCUGCUUCAUGAGCAGAAUCGAAGAACCAGUACUUUCGCGUAGACCAAUAAUGUAUUACAGAUAUAUUGACGACUGUUGCAUCAUAACAUCAACACAGUCCGAAAUGGACGAGUGUUUCCGAAUACUCAACCAACAAUCGCAAUAUAUAAGACUCACACGAGAAACCCCAAAAGAAGGAUGGCUUCCGUACCUCAACACACAAAUAAGUACUUCAAACGGCAUUAUUAGAGUAAAGUGGUAUCGCAAAGAAAGUUGCAAGAACAUCAUAUUGCACGCCAAAUCUGCACAUCCGACUGCAGUAAAACGCGCAGUGAUUCGUAAUAUGUUCAAAACCGCUAGUGAAGUAUGCACUGGCAACCAAGAACGACACGAAUCACGAAGACUAGCCUUGAAAAUCGCAUGUGCCAAUGGCCAUACAGUACGCAUUACCGAAGAACCCGCACUGUAA